GCUUUCUCCAAGUCUCCCUUGUCAUCCAAAAGGUUGGGGAAGAUGGAAAUUCCCACACAGCUCGAGUCCUUUUGCCAGAGUCUCAGCAGUGACAUCCUCGAGCAUGUCACCGAGGCACUACGGGGGUUGUCAUCCAUAGACGGCCUGAACCGUCCUGUAUUACGCUUCGAGUUGUUCUUAGAUGACGCGGUUGAUGAUGGGGGCAACGACAGCCACGGCAGCAAACAUGAUGUCGUACCGGCCACGCGCAGGCCGCUUAUUUCGAAGCGAUUGGACCUGUCGGGAGCCCGCGCAAGCGUUGAGGAACUCCCUGUACCACCCGCGCCGACUGCACCCCUUGUACCGGCUGCGCCCCUUCCACCCCCUGCACCAUCUCCAUCACCAUCUACGAAACCGGAGCACCUGUCGCCAUCGCCAACUCUCUGCGCGUCCGAGCCGCCCAGUCCUCGGUCGGACUCGCCCAGCGAAAGCUACCCUCGACGCAAAGGAAUCGGCGGGCUACGGCCUGCUCGUCCCGAGAUAACAGUCAUAGAUGGCGUCGACAGCCAGCGUCAGAUGCAGGUCCCCGCGCGCAGCUUCCCCAAGCGGAUGAAAGUCGAUGAUGACGCUGUCGCUACUCUCCGGGAAGCCUCUCUAGACAAGUUCAUCGUGGGCAUAUGGGAGCAGAUCUACGGCGGGAUCGAUCUCGACCCCCAAAGCAUCCUGGAGCAAUGGCAGGCCGCCGCUUCAGCCGCAACCACAGCGGACGUUCCGGCGCCCCGGGCCAUCUCCGAUCACACCACGGGCCACAACCCCAGUAGCUUCGGUCUCUUGCCCGCCGCGGCCGGCCCAGCCGAGGUGAGCGGGUCCUUCAACCAAAGCAACUCCUUCUGUCGCCGAGUCACCCAGGCCAGCCGUACCUGCCGAUCCAUCGAGGUGGUUGUCCAAGCCCGCUGGAUCGAGCAUUUCGAGGCCUACGUCGAGACCGUCGCCUCGUCCAACCCAUCCCUCUCCACCAAAAAGUGCCGAAAAGCCGCCCUCCUCGAAGCCUGCCACGACUUCGGCUGGACCGAAAAGGACAUGCGCAACCGCAUGCGCAUCUGGGCCGGCUACAAGGAGAUCAAAGACGCGGGCGGCUGGGCGGCCCUCGUAUUCGCAGGGAUGGGCAUCUACCGGUUCUGCAAGUACCGCAUCGGCUUCGACGGCGAGAGCACGGCGCAGCGCCUGCAAGCGCUCCGGCCGCGGCUGGAGGUGGCCGCCGACACGCUGCACCCGAGCUGGCGCCGGCUGCUGGGCGUCGUGGGCGAGCCGUGCGCGCCGCGCUUCGUCGGCCACCCCCACGACUGGGUCGUCUUCCCGUCCUACGGCGGCGGCGGCGGCGGUGGUGGUGGUGGUGGCUCCGACGAGCCCGUGCCGCUGCGCGCUACCUAUCUGGGGCGUGAUCCGGGGUUUAGUUUUGAGCAUCUCGAUGAGUCGGUGGUUGAUGUUCGCGCCUGGGGGGGUGAUGAUCCGCGCUGGGUGCCGCCGCCUAUUACGACGGCGGGGCCUGGUGUAGUGACAUUUACGUGUCGCAGCUGUGGCCAACAACAGUCGGAUGACGCGAAGCUGAACGGGUGUUAUUGUUUUCCCGUUCUGUUCGGGGGUCCGCGGGCGGCUACCCCGGUCCAGGUGUUCCGGACCUCCAACGGACGGAACAACGGGCUGCAGGCGCUGACGCCGUUCGACCGCGGCAUGGCGGUGGGCGAGUUUGUGGGUUUCGUCACCAACGGCCUGCAAGAUGUGGAUGUGUUCAACAGCUCGACGGCCAGUCACCCUUACCAGAUCUGGCAGGGCAGGCAGGGCAACUACACGCGGUUUGUGAACCACAGUUGCAGACCCAAUGCGCAAUUCCAGAGCUUUGUGUGGAUGAGCACCGAGCGGAUUGUGUUGGUGAGUAAGGGGAUUGGGGCCGGCGAGGAGAUCACGGUGGAUUAUUCUGAGAGUUACUGGCGCGGUCUAGACAAGGAGUGUCUCUGCGGGGAGAGCUGCUGUAGGUAUAGGACUGGUGGUGUAUGAUAUUCAAGGUAGGGAGAAAAGGGUGAAUGAGAUUGCAGCAUAAAGGGGGCGGGGCGACAUUAAUUAGGACAUUAGUAUUUGGGUACUAAUUAUCGAGCUUGUUGAAG